AUGGAAAACGAAAGAAAGCGCGCUUUUCCAGAAACCACCGAAGUAUCACAAUCAAAGCGCCCUCAUGUGGAAAUUCCACGAGAACCUUCGAUAUUUAACAUUAGACCAGUGGAUGAUAUCACUCGUUACAUUGGAGAUUUCCUUUGGGAUUACUGUAGCCAAGAAAAUGUAGAAAUUGAAGCAAAGAUGGGUGUAUUUAUUGACAGGCAUACUAAUAGCCGCCUUAACAUCGGUGCUCUUACAGAGACAGUUUUGAAUCCAAAUCAUAAUUAUUCAUUCAAAUUCGAAUCUGACAUGCCACUCGAACAACAUAAGCAUUUUAAUCAACUUUUGAACGAUCGAACCAACAAGUCCCAAGUAAAAGAUUAUAAAGGAGAACGAAUAGCCUACAAACACACUAGGGAAACAGAUCGUUUCUUCCCUUUACCUCAAUCACGAAAUAAUAUUAGAGUAACAACAGAUCAACAGACAGGAAAGGUUGUACCCAAUGGAAUUAUAGAAAAGAAACGCCUGGCUGAUCUUAAUAUACACUCGCCAGCCAACGCCCUUGACUAUAGGAUAUCUGUGAACCUUGAAAUUCCACGCAAAAAACCCGAAACCGAGCUCUCUCAUGAACGCCACAAAGAUAGACUUUCCUACACUCACGGAGGAUUUACCUUUGAUCUCACUCAAGUCAAAGGAGCACCCGAAAAGAAUGAAGAAAUGCGUCAUGAACUUGAAAUUGAGUUUGUGGAUGCCAAUUUACUUGCUGAAAAGAAGAAAGAAGGAAAUAAGCCUCGAUCGGGUUAUGUACAAAUGAUAGAAAGGUUUGUCAAUAACAUUCGCCUUUUGAGCCAGAGUGCUCGAAGGCUUUAA